GCGCCUGUACUUCGGAUUGUGUUUGUUAAAUAUUAAUACUAAAACGUUUGUGUGUGUAUGUGAAAGUGACGGUGAAUUUCGUACAUGCGAGAGUGGAUUGUUGCUUUAUAAUGCAUGAGAAGCGGUCCAGUGCUGGUCUGCUGGCAUCGCAACUGUCAUGUCAGGGUACGUCGACAGCGACUACUGCGCCGUCCCACCAGGCGCCGUCGUCACCACCUCGUAUCGUGUCCGCACCCCCUCCCGCUGCCAACCCGCCACCGGACACGGUGCCACAGCCGGCACAAGAAGAUGGCGUCAGAUUGCGACGAGCACAUACUGUCGCUGUACGGGACUAUUUGAAGAGGGAAACGCAAACAUUCUUUGGAGUUCAGAGAGAUAACGAGAGGGAACAAAGAAGACUGUGGUACGAGAGGAGGAGGCGACAUGCGGCGAGAGCUCUCGGCGACCUCCGACUCGACCUACCACCGGAUUAUCACCCUGAUGAUGAUGAUAUUAGCUUGGAUUACCUUGGGUCGAUGGGGGCGGUUACGAGGAGAUCGCGACAAUCGACCUCAGUGCAGUGGUCGCGCUCGUUCCGAGGCAGCGUACCCGCUCAGGUCGAUGACGAUAUCGAUGACGUUUUCUUUGCUCCUGUGCCUAUGACGUCACCGAUCAACCAACACCAUCACGACGAAGUCGACGUUGCUGAUGGACCGAAAGGCGGUCGUUCGCCGGUGGUGUCUGGCGUGGAGUACAGGCGGCCCGAGAGGAGCGUCUCAUGGGGCGCGGGGGCGGCGUGCGCCGUGGGGGGAGCACGAAUACACACGCCGAUGCUCGAGCCGUUGGCAGACAAUUCGAAUAGGAGGCAAUUUGGCAUGGGCAUUGUCGGCAGAUUCUUCCGACGUUCCUUACGUAAGUCAGUGACACACCAAGAAGAAGUGGCGCAGCAGUUAGACGAGCUGACGGAUUACCGGCCGUACUUCACGUGGUGGGUGAGCACGGUGCAGACGCUGGUUCUACUGCUGUCGCUGCUCUGCUACGGUUUUGGACCAGUGGGCUUUGGCCGACACACGCACACCGGACAGGUCAUGGUCAAGAGCCUCAGUUUACAACAGGUGGAAUGGGAGGAGCCGGCGUCGUUCUGGCUGGGACCGCGGGCGGCGGACCUAAUACACUUAGGAGCUAAGUUUGCGCCGUGCAUGCGGCGAGAUGCAAGAAUAGCGCGGGCAAUAGCGGCGUCAGCGCGACGGGAGAGGGACACUGCGUGCUGCAUACGGAACGAUGAUUCGGGAUGCGUGCAAUCCUCUAAAGCCGAUUGUUCGAUGCUUAAUCUACCACUUAGAAAGCAAUACACUAUUGAUAAAGAUGUGUGA